AACCGCACUAACCAUUCCGACUCGCUGUCAGCUUUCGAAACGAGUCUUGCCAAGAUCACGCGCGUGUUCAUUGAAUAGUUAAAGUCCCUCGAAGUUCCACGUGACGGCGUUGGCAGUGAUACGACUCGAAGUUCGGGUCUGGAACCAGUUUUGCUGCUUUUGUCAAGCAGGGCGUUGCUCGAAUGCUCAUACCAGGGUGAAGUGCACUCGUGGCGACGUCACCUUCGACUAGCAGGAAGGCAAUGCCACGCAUGACGAGCAGCUCGCUCACAGGUGCGAGUCUAUUGCAUCGCCGCGAUGAGCAACGUCACCAAGAGGCACGCGAAACCCAAGCAGAAGCUCCUCGGUCGCAUACCGCGUGCGUGUCAUGAGACCAUCACAUGCUCGGCAAUGAUACUCAAUGCUUAAUGCCCCACAUACUGGUGAACUUGUAUCUAUCCACUCGCAGUGCCGACUCAGCGCCGACGUGUCGGACGGGACGCUUGACGCCCCUCGAUGAAGUCGCAGGUGAGCUCCGGUGUCGUGCGCGUUCCAGAUUUGAGCGAGAAAUCAGCUCCGGAGCCCACGCUCCGCUCCUGGUGCUGGAUCCGCACGCCACUCUAGCGCUGUGGUCUAUGUGAGCCCGCGAAAUCAGCCACUUCAACGCCACUGACCGGUGUCGAGUCAACGCGGCCCGCCCAUGCGCGCUCCGACAUGAUUCCGGAGCUCCACCACCGCAGCCAACCCGUUCCAUCUCACGAUCACGACCAGCGCUAAUGACGCCUCGCUCUUCGAUGUAUGAGAUUGUUUUACGCGGCAGCGUUAACCAAAAGCACCCAGCGCGUCGACGAAUACUCACGUCACGACGCCUGUCGGCCGAAACUGCGACCAAAAACGGUGGAGACUUAAGUCUUCGAGCCUCGAAAGGCGAUCCAUGAUUUGCUUCUGCGUUCGAGCAAACGAGUCGAACCCCGAGAGGCUGCAGUGGGAGGUUCGACGCACGCUCCCGGAUCUCGUCCGGAGUCGUGCGACAAGCAGCUUCAUCUCCAGGACGCGAGCAGACUUUGGGGUCAUUCUCGCAUUUGCGCUCACCUCGAGACCGUCCCGCGUCGCCAUGCCGUACGAGAGCUUCAAGAGUUCGCAACUCGUGUCCAUCCGCGGGCUUGUGCAGGACCGCAAGACCGGCACGUGGCGGUAUUUGCUGCAAGUCACGCGCCACAUGCAGGACGACACGUUCGAGAACGUCCGUCGCCCCAGCACCAAAAAGAGCGACGGCUCGUCCGCCUACGCCGCGCGCCCGUGCACGACGCAGUCGUACACGAUCCGUCGCAGCUUCGAGGACUUUAAGCGGCUACACGAGGCCGUGGCUCCGCUCAUGACGAAAGGUGGCAAGUCGCUACUGCCCAAGCUGCCGAACGACAGUCUCCUCACGUUUUUCGUCGGGGAGACCCAGACGGCGCUGCAGAAGAAGCGCCACGCGCUGGAGCGCGUCCUGGCGGCAAUCGAGGCGCACCCGGAUGCCAGCGAGGCUCCUGAAUACCUUGAGUUCCUGGCCAACAUCAACUCGUACGACGAGGUGGCCAAGGCCCCUCUGUCGCCGAGUAUUAGCUCGCGUAGCAGCUUCAGCUUCAGCGAGGACGGGACCGUCACGCCACGGGACUUUGUGGGCCCGAACAUGCUCACCACGUCGAGAUCGGCCAACGCCCUGCGACGAGCGUAUUACCAACAAGACGCAGACGAACGCGAGAACCACGUGCCGUUCUCGCACUUCAGCAUGACCUGAAGCAAACAAUUUUCAGCCUGAACAAAGUAAAGUGAACGCGUGCAUGUACACAAGUAGAAAACUCUAGAUCCAGUUAAAAGAACAAGUAAAUUAUGAGAUCAGUCGCUCCGAGUUAACCUGCUCCAAGCCUCGGUGCAGCUUACGCACCAUACGCACAACGUGUGGGACGGAUCGGUAGCCGAGUCCACAGUUGGCGUUGUUGGCUUUCGCCACGCAACUUUGAGGCGUCAUUCGUUUCCAGAAGUUGGAGAUCAGUAGACGCGCGUACUCGAGCGUAGCCAACGUAUAAUGCCGCUCAAAAGCUUCAAACGGGUAGUUAAACGUGACGCCGAGCGUCUGCAGUCUCUCCUGUAGACGGUCGUAGUAGAACUGCAGCAGUUCCAGCUCACCCUCGUCGGUACCAAGCAGUGAGAUGCUCACCGAAGUGUUAAGCAGGUUAGCGACGUCCAUAGCGCCGAGACCCACCCCACUCCACUGCCAGUCGAACGCGAUGACCUCUCGUGAUUGCGUCUCGAAGAACAGGUUGGCGCUCUUGAAGUCGCCGUGAACUACUGUACUCAACGCAGCGUUGGCAUCCACGGACAGACAGCUACUGAUGUAUGCAGCAUGCUCGAUCAUGCGCUCUCCCAGCGAUUCUAGCUCUAUAGUCGACGGUAGGGAAGAUUCGGCGUCGAAUACUUUCUCCCAGUUGCUGAGCAUCUGUGGCCAAAUGUCAGACGCCUGUGCGAGCUCCUUCUCGCCUCGCUUCGAGAACGCCCACCAGCACGCCGCCGGCCAGAGCUCGGAACUAGCCUGGUUAACUAAUUUCUCUUGUCCCCACGCUGACGCAUGUAGAUUAGCAAGAUAACCCAAUGCCUGACGAGUGUCUUCGAGCUCCAGACAGUCCGCAGCCUCGUAGUUGCCAAGCGAGGAGUCGGGAGAUGUUGCACCAAGGCAUUCUAGCAACAUGACGAAGUUCUCAGGCUCUGAACACGUCGCUGUAUCGCUAGCAACCAGGUUUCCCGUACAGUGGCCAGCAGCAUCACUUUGAAACACUGCAAGCGGUCGGACGAGAGAUACACCGCGAGACUGUAGCGACGACGCGAAAUUGGCGUAGAACGUGGCCUCGGUGCGAUAUGAGGCGAUGUCGCGCUUCCAGUGUGCCGCCGAUCUCGCCGGCAGCUCGUUCCUCGCGGAUUUCUUGAGAAACAGCGUCGUCUUGCUGUCGUUAUCAGCGAAAUGCACCUCCAACUUGGCCACAGCAGAGUGUUUGCCUUGGUGGAUUGAACCGGGCACCACGUGCACCGCCGACACUUGUCGACCGGGGAAAACACAGUCUUGAAACCACUGCGGCGUCAUCUCUCGACCGUCCAAUGCACUGACAGAGCAAGACGCCGCAGAUGAGCAUACACCAGUGUAUUUGGAUGAUAGCGCUACAGCUAGCUUCAAGUCGAAAUAAAAAAAACUACCUCGUGAGGUUGACCUUGGCCAUGGCGUUCAGUACGUUCGUGUGAGCCUCCGGUUCCACACACGCGAUCAGGCCGCGUUCGUUGUCGAAGUCGGGCGCGUUGGCGAUGUGGUCGUACACGUACACGUUGCCCUGCGUGUCGGUGAGUUUGCCGCCGAGUGCCUCGAUCAGAGGCUCAACAGCACAGAUAUCCCACUUGCGAGUGGCCGCUUUGAACCGGAAGAAAGAGUCGCUGUGGCCGGUGAUGACACCGAGCACCAUCGUGCCAGUCGCACCGCCCGUCAGGACGUUAGAGGGCGCUAGCAACCGUAACGCGCUGUUCACCUGGUCGCAGUUGGUGGACGACACAGUGCAGACCAGCGGACGCUGCGGGAACAUGGGAGAUUGUUUAGAGAACUUGGCGUGUGUCGUCUGAGCCUCAUUCUCCUCAUGCUCACUGCGGAAGACUCCAACACCCGGACCACCUGCAUCAUAAUAAUAACAAACCUAUUAGAACUCGAGUUCUAAUGAACCAGCAUAAGCUGUUAGCCGUCCCGUACCCCAGUAGGUGACGCCGUGUUUUCCGUGGAAGGGAAGAUGCACGACGCCCGCGAUGGGACGCAUCUUGUAGGUGAUGCCAAUAAGCACCGAGACCUCGUCGUACAUCUUAUCGGCGAAGCGUUUGGUGCCGUCCAGUGGGUCCACCCACAAUACGAGGUCGUCCCAGUUCAGAGUGUCGUCGCCGUCAAAGGUGACGCUGUCGAGAGCUUGCAGGUCGCACUGCACCGCAUCUUCAGGUGCUGGAGGGGCGAGUUCGCCCUCUUCGCCCACUAUGGUGAUCUGGGGAAAGGCCUCGCGUAAUGCGUAGAUAAUCCGUUGUUGAGAGCGGCGGUCAGCUACAGUCUGCGGGUCGUACGCGCCCUCCUGUUUGUUGACCAUGUCGAGCGAAACUUGCUGCUGCACUACCUCGCGAAUAACGCUGCCGCCGUGCACGCUGGCGGAGAAGCAGGCGGCCAACAAGGGACGCAACAAAGGACCGGACGUAGCGGCAGUCAUGACGUAGCGAGAGUCUAAAGGGGGGAGCUGCAGCG